ACAGCUUUAGCAAGCAGCACGGGUGAUUGAUAACCCCCGAUAUGAAGACCUUGGGAAACAGCCACAUCCUUGGGAUAUUACUUUGUGCUUUCUAUCUAGUGUUGGUAGUUUCCUCUGAAACUGAAAUUACCAUCCCAGAAGAGCUGAAGUCAGCUGUAGCGAAAAUUGCAGUCAACAGCACAUCCUGCAGCGUCACCUGUGGGCUGGGCUUCAAACUGGAGGAGAUGUGCGAGAUCACUCCGGACGGAGGGAGGAGGAAUUGUACCUUGCGCCGGUCGGACUGCCUGACCAGCUGGGUUUGUGGCUUACUCCACUUCACCGUCCCUGUGGGCAAACCCUUCCAGUUCAGCUGCCUGACCUCGGACGCAGUCGGCUUUGAUAGCCGAGCCUAUAGCUAUACGUGGAGGCUUGCUCAAGGCCUUAUCACCACAAAUGAUGUACUGUUCAGACCUUUCAAAACCACCGAUUCUUUCAUCAGAUUUUCCCCUACCAGGGAGUCUGAUGCAGGGACUUACCGAUGUGAUGUGCAGAUGUUGAAGACAUUCAGAGUCAUCAAGAGGGUCUACUUUGGGGUCAGAGUGAUCCAAAAUGACUUAGUGGAUCUGAACUUUGAAAAAUCCCUGACCUGGGAACAGAAGUUAGCGGCAAACAAGGAGGAAGGAAACACAGAAAACAGCACCCAUGAAGAAGUGCAAGAGCAGCAGCACUUUUGGCAAGGAGAAUUGUUUUACGAAUGCUUGGUAGGCGUUGGAAGUGGAGUGAUAGCGGGUGUCUUGGUGAGCAUGGCUCUCUACUUCUUCCAGAAGAUUUUGGGAAGGAGAGCUGCAGAGAAAUGA